AGGGAACGUGCUACUGUGCGUUCUACUAUUUGUAAUCAAAUAGGUUGUGGUUGUGUGCGUGUGUGCUUACAUUAUGCACCGCACCAGCACACGCGGAGCCGUGUCGAGGCAAUGAUGUGCACGAAGCAUUAUCCCUUAUUACACGAUUUGCUUCCGCGGCGGCUGCACGUACAAUAGUUGUCUGUCGACCUCUUUUGUCGAUCGGCGUGCGAUAGCAAGUUUGUUUACAUCGAGUUGGAGCGAUGCAUAGCGCGUCCUACCGCGAGUGUGCCGGUCGCCGGUCACGCUAAACCACGAGUGAAUCGGACAAUGCUCGGAGUUUUUGCGUAGAAACUUUUUGUGAACUUUAUCCGAUCCGACUGGAAAUAAGUGAUCUCGGUGACGCCAAUUUUUUUUAUGAACUGUGCUUACAAUUUCUACGAUUAGAACUCACUGUGCCAUUUUUCUACGAACUGUGAAAGUGAUUGAAGUUUUCGACUCUACGAAUGUUUCAAGAUUUUUCGAUGAUAUACACGAAGAUUUUGGAGAGAUUUUCUACGAUUUUGAAAAAAUUCGAAGUUGAUUAGUGCCACUUGUAAAACUGAAGACUGUACAUAAAAAAUUAAUUUAAUAAAAAAUUCUUGAGACUGGCAGUGUUAAACUAAGGGCAACCGAGUCCAAAAAAAAGCAGACAGCAUUUAUGCAUAAAAAACAAACAGCGAUCUGUCCACGCUUCUUCCGUAGGAAAAGACGCUGCGAGAGACAAAGAUGGCUAUAGCAUUCAACUUGCCGAGCGAGAGAGAGGCAACAGAGGAGAACUUCUCGAGGUUGAACCGGCUCUUAGCCGAGCUGUACGAGGUUCUAUGCCACAUCCUGGUAUCGCGGCAGCCUGGCCAAGAAGCCCAGGAGACCAGGCGAGACCGCCCCUUCUCGGAAUCGGACCUCGACCGGCACAAUCCCCCUCCACCGCAGAACAGACGCUCAGCUUCGUCACCCCCUCUCACCCUGACCUUCGACUCAGACCUCGAAGACGACGUAUUCGUCUGUCCUCGAACAGACAAUGGAAACGACCCAUUCUCGACUACAAACUUGGAGAUUUUCGGCUAUGGAAGCCCUAGGACUCCUGCUGGCGUAUUGCUGAGUCCUCGUAGGGAUAGAAAGUUCACGUUUUCGGUGUCCAGUGAGAAGCAUUGGAGGGAUAAGGGUGGAACGGAUGUGGCUGAUGGAGUUACAGCUGACGCUGAUGUGACCGACGCCGCAACUGAUUCUUCGAGUUCAAAAAAAUCUGGAUCCAUCUCUUCCCUAAUUAAAGACAAAUUACCGGGGUCUAUCUGCACCGUGGUCCUCUUCAUGUUAGGGUGGAAACUCCUGUCCAACAAACGAUGAAUUAGCGAGAGUGUGUAUACGUCGUGAAGUAAACGAGCAAUGUAACGCGUGCGACGAGUAAUUUUCAUAUUAUUCUGUAUGCUACGUGUAUUAUAGUGAAUGAACAAGUGUGUUAUUGAUUACAAUAAAAUAUUUUUUUAUUUAAUCCAAUGUUAAUGUACAUUUUAGUCGUGACUUCAUUGUAAUCGCGGUGCAUAAAAUAUUAAGUGAUACAUAAAAUCAACUUACGUAUAAACUGUAAUUAUCCUCUGUCAAAUUUAGUUUUUUGAAAUUUUAAUCAAAUAAAAACUUUUCAAAAUGUUUGUCAUAAAAUUUAUAAUCCUUUUUUAUUAAAUGUAUUUUUUUUAUAUUAUAUGGAGACAGCUAAUAUAAAAAAAAUAUUGUCUUUUAAAUAGAAUUAUUUUUUUGGAUUGGAGUAAAAUAUCUAUACACUUUUUCAUUCACUAUAACCAAUUGUACAUUUUGUAUAAUCAUUUGUAUAAGACGUUAACAGUCGCCGCUUUUCAGUAAGCGUGAUUGUGGUUUUUCGUCUUCGAACGCACAUUGUAGAUACAUAUAUUAUGUAAUUUAGUUAUAUUACAAAUAUAAAACACGGCUUGGCGAAAAAUAUUACAAAAUUAUGAGAAUAUGUUGAAUAAAGAAUAGUAAUUACAUUUUGUCAAAAUAUUGCUUAAAUUAUUAUAUUAAUCUAUAAAUGAAUUCUAUUAAAUAAUACUAUAAAUUACAUUAGAUAACGCACAACUAUUUUGCCAGGCCGUCAUUCGAUAUUGAUUUAUGAAGAAUUUUAUUGCGUUUUAAUAUAAAUUAAACCAAAAAAGUUUCAAAAACCAAAACAACGUAAGAAAACUACGAAAAUUUGAUUCGGUUUUUUUAUAACAAAAUAUUAAUAUCACUAAAUAUGUACCAUGUAAUUAAGAAAAGUAUUCGUUUUAAAUAUUUACAAUAAUUUAAUCACCAUUUUGAGUCGACAAUUGUAUAAAAUAAAUUUUCAUGGACACACUACACUUGAAAAUGGUGAUUCUGGUUAUACUUGCUUAAUAAUAACCAUAAACUAUUUUGUAAUAUUCAAAAUAUAUCAAUUUUACAUUCCGCUUUUGAUGUUGAAAUUUAUCCAUAGUUAUAUAUAUUUGAAAUGCAUUCAUUAUAAUGCUAUUUUGUAGUAAAAAAAAUAUUAAUUAAAUAUUUUAACAAAAAUGACCAGUCUUGAAAUUGUAUAGACAUGAAAAAAUAGAUUUUAUUUGACGCGAAUAAAGUCCAUUUUCCCGCGAAUUGUUCCAAAGAGAGCAGCCUAAAAUUAUCAUCGAUUGAUCUCAUUUUUAUUUUUUUGUAAUGAAAAUGUUUAUUUUAGAAAUAUUGUAACGUAUUUAUGAGUAGCUGGUUUGGAUAGAUUCGUGCCAAGUUGUUUAGUGGAGAUUUUAUCAGAGAGGGUAUAUUUUAAUAUUAUCAUUAAAUGUAAAUAAUUUAAUUAAGAAUGAUUAGUGGCUUAUCAAUUCUAUCAUACAAUUUUCAUUUAUUUAUUAGAUAAACUUUUUAUUUAGAAAUUUAUUUAAUUUACUUUUUCAUUUGUAAUUAUAGAAUGUUUACACUUUUCGUUUCUUGAUUUUCAAAAUGUUUUUCUUUUCCUAAGUCCCGCCUUCAGACUUUAAGACAAUAGAUUGCCCGUAGAAUUUAAUAACAAUUUACUUUUAUUUUUCCAUCUCGUAAAAUUGUAAUGUAGAGUUGAUUAAUGCAUGAUAUAAGAUUGCCACGAAUGUGUCGCCAAGACAUAGGGGAACAGUUUAUACGAUAUUAUGGUGAAGUUACAAUGUAAUUACAAUACUUUAUAGUUCCAAUCUAUAUGGUAACUCCUUUAAUAAGUCCUGACCUGAGGCUUCAAAUAUUUUAAGACAGGUUCAACAGCUGCAUGAGAAAAAUAUAAUAUUUUUGAAAGUCAAUUAUAGUUAUUUGUAAAGGUUAAUUCAGCUUUCAGUUCCAUUAGAAUCCAUAUUUCGUGUUUUGAAGUUAUAAAACAUAUUUUAGUCGUGAUAAUUGAUUAGAAGAAAUGAUUUUUUUUGUCUUUUCAUUCUUUACUGCGUUAAAUAGCAGCGUUUUACCUACCAAUAAAACGCUUAUUAAUUUACUUACCUUAUUCGAAGCUUAUUUAAUUUGAGAUAGGCAUUUCCCUUCCCGCCUUAUAUUUCUAUUUCUUUCUACCCCAUAUUGCCCCCUAUUUCCACCCCCACCACCUGGCAGUGGGGAUUGUCCGUUGUUGGACAGUUCCCCAUUUCAAUAGUCAUUGAGUCGAAAAUAUACCAGGCAGAGUUUCAUCAUAAGCUUCGAAUAAGGUAAGUAAAUUAAUAAGCGUUUUAUUGGUAGGUAAAACGCUGCUAUUAAUUUGACUUGACCGUUAUUCGAAGCUUAUUUAAUUUGAGACUUGUUUGUUAUCGCCUGGUGGUGGUGAAUAAUAAA